CGCCACCCGGCAGCUCCUCCUCGUCUCCACCCCGCCGGCCGCGGGCGCCGGGGACGUCAGCUCUGCCAGCGUGGAGACUGCUGCGGGAAGCGGGAGGCGGAAGUAGCUCCCGGGACCGCCGGGCUUCCAUCAGGCCGCCUCAGCCAUGGACGCGUCCCUGGAGAAGAUAGCAGACCCUACAUUAGCUGAAAUGGGAAAAAACUUGAAGGAGGCCAUGAAGAUGCUAGAGGACAGUCAGAGUAGAAGAACAGAGGAAGAAAAUGAAAAGAAGCUCAUUUCAGGGGAUAUUCCAGGGCCACUCCAAGGCAGUGGACAGGAUAUGGUGAGCAUCCUCCAAUUAGUUCAGAAUCUGAUGCAUGGAGAUGAAGAUGAGGAGCCCCCGAGUGCCCGAAUCCAGAAUAUUGGAGAACAAGGUCAUAUAGCUUUGUUGGGACAUAGUCUGGGAGCUUAUAUUUCAACUCUGGACAAAGAGAAACUGAGGAAACUUACAACUAGGAUACUUUCAGACACUACUUUAUGGCUAUGCAGAAUUUUCAGAUAUGAAAAUGGCUGUGCUUAUUUCCAUGAAGAAGAAAGAGAAGGACUUGCCAAGAUCUGUACGCUUGCCAUUCAUUCUCGUUAUGAAGACUUUGUAGUGGAUGGCUUCAACGUGUUGUGUAACAAGAAACCCGUUAUAUAUCUCAGUGCUGCUGCUAGGCCUGGCCUGGGCCAGUACCUUUGUAACCAGCUUGGCUUGCCUUUCCCCUGUUUGUGUCGUGUGCCCUGUAACACUAUGUUUGGAUCCCAGCAUCAGAUGGAUGUUGCCUUCCUGGAGAAACUGAUUAAAGAUGAUAUAGAACAAGGAAAACUGCCUCUGUUGCUUGUUGCAAAUGCUGGAACUGCAGCCGUAGGGCACACGGAUAAGAUUGGGCGUUUGAAAGAACUGUGUGAGCAGUACGGCGUGUGGCUGCACGUGGAGGGUGUGAAUCUGGCAACAUUGGCUCUAGGUUACGUCUCCUCAUCAGUGCUGGCCGCAACCAAGUGUGACAGCAUGACACUGACUCCGGGCCCAUGGCUGGGUCUGCCUGCUGUCCCUGCAGUCACCCUGUAUAAACAUGACGACCCUGCCUUGACUUUAGUUGCCGGUCUUACAUCAAAUAAGCCAACAGACAAACUCCGUGCCCUGCCACUGUGGUUAUCUUUACAAUAUUUGGGACUUGAUGGGAUUGUGGAGAGAAUUAAGCAUGCCUGUCAGCUGAGUCAACGAUUGCAAGAAAGUUUGAAGAAAGUGAACCACAUCAAAAUCUUGGUGGAAGAUGAACUCAGUUCUCCAGUAGUGGUGUUCAGAUUUUUCCAGGAAUUGCCAGGCUCGGAUCCAGGGCUUAAAGCUGUCUCUGUCCCCAGCAUGGCUCCCUCCACAGUUGGCCGAGAGAGACACUCAUGUGAUGCACUGAAUCGCUGGCUGGGAGAAGAGCUGAAACAGCUGGUACCCACCAGCGGCCUCACUGUCGUGGACCUGGAGGUGGAGGGUGUGUGCGUGCGGUUCAGCCCUUUGCUGACAGCGGCGGUUUUAGGUACUCGGGGAGAGGAUGUGGAUCAGCUCGUGGCCUGCAUACGGAGCAAGCUGCCAGUCCUGACUUGCACACUACAGUUGCGAGAGGAGUUCAAGCAGGAGGUGACAGGAACCGCAGGGCUCUUACAUGUGGAAGACCCUAACUGGCCUGGCAUAGGGGCUGUCAGGUAUGAACAUGCUAAUGAUGAUAAGAGCAGUUUGAAAUUAGAUCCAGAAGGGGAAAAAAUCCAUGCUGGACUCCUGAAAAAGUUAAAUGAACUGGAAUCUGACCUUACAUUUAAAAUGGGCCCUGAGUAUAAAAGCAUGAAGAGCUGUAUCUACAUUGGCAUGGCGACUGACGACCUAGAUGUUACUGAACUGGUGGAGACCAUUGUAGUCACAGCCCGAGAAAUUGAGGAAAACUCAAGGCUUCUGGAAAACAUGACCGAAGUGGUCCGGAAAGGAAUUCAGGAAGCUCAGGUUCAGCUGCAGAGGGCAAACGAGGAGCGCCUUAUGGAAGAGGGAGUGUUGCGGCAGAUCCCUGUGGUAGGAACUGUGCUGAAUUGGUUUUCUCCAGUACAAGCUUCACAGAAGGGAAGAACUUUCAACCUAACAGCAGGCUCUCUCGAGUCCACAGAACACACGUAUGUCUACAAAGCACAAGGAACAGGAGUAACUCCGCCUCAGACCCCCUCAGGCACUCGAGCUAAACAGAGACUCCCAGGCCAGAAGCCUUUUAGAAGGUCCCUGAGAGGUUCCGAUGCUCUAAGUGAGACGAGCUCAGUCAGCCACAUUGAAGACUUAGAAAAGGUGGAGCACCUGUCCGGCGGGCUGGAGCAAAAUGCCCUGGAGGCUGACAGCCCUGAGCGGCCCCCAGGGGCUUCCCCCGCUCAGGAAACCGAGCAGAUGGGGGCCCCCCAGAAGCGGGCCCAGCGCCCAGAUGAUGGCCACACGCAUAUAGAAGAACUUGACAGCUUAAGAUAAAAUUCAGUGUUUGGUUGGAGACUGUACUGAAUGUUGUUUCAGGGAAGAUGAAGUUUAUACUGCAAGUGCGAACUGUGCCACAUACUACUUCAUACAAAAGAAGUUAUGUUGUUCAUGCUUACCUGGGGUUUUCAUACAGAUGUGUGCCUGGAAGCCAGGCUUUCUAGGAGGGAUGUUGACUUGUCUAACUUUCUGGGUAUGUAGAACCAACUUGUUUCUGUCACCCAGCUAUAGAAAUACCAUUCCCCCCAAGUUACAAUGAACACUUUUUACUCACAAAGAACACUUAGAAUUUCAAGUGCUUGCCACUUGAAACAUUUGCUCUUAUCUUUCUAAACAUAGGUGUAAGAAGUUAUUAGGGUGCACAUAGUAACUUUUUGCUAAGAAGUUUUCUUUAGAGCUCUCCAGGUCCCUGCUGUUCUGGUGCAGAAGAGAGGCAGACCGCACUCUCUGCUGCCUACUGCAGUCGGCAGGGGGUUGAAGUGUGUUGCAAUAUACAGCUGGAUUGUAUUUAGCUGGAAGGAGAGUGGGUUUCAGUGGGAUUGUAAAGAAGAGUGUCAGAAGUCCUCUCCUGCCGUCCCCAACUGCUGCUUUCCCUGGAGACAUAAGUAAGGACUGUGUCCAUUCAUGUCCACUCUGUGGCAGAUGGUCAAGCAAGUUAGCCUGGGCAGUGCUUCUGUCUGACAAGUCCAUCUCGCCCUUUAUAUACUAUUUGUAAACAAAGGACUCCCGUAUUAAGAGUAACUUUAAAGGCUCUUGACUAUAUAUAUACACACGUGUGUAUAUUUUUAAAUGCAGGUAAAGCUUUUAAAUUGGCACACAGUACAGACUCUGCUCAUUUCUGUUUAAUAAAUGAAAAGCUGAUAGAUGCUACUUUUAAGAGCCUCACUUUAAAUAUGCUGUGUAGCACCUGGUUAAGUUUAAAUUCUCCAGUAAGUACCCCUCCAACCUGGUUCACCUGGGAGCUGCCAAGCUCCUGUUCCUCUAGCAGCACACCCCUUGGGCCCACGUCAGAAACAAGAACCAUAAAAGUAAUCUUUCUCAGGCUGCUCAAGGCAGACUACUGCUGAAAUAACUGGAAGUUAGCCCUUAGUUACUGCCCGUCUCUAUGUUUCUAGAAGUCCUGCAGCUCUUCAUUGGUCACAGGUGGUGGCCCCCGUGUGGUUGAGUCCCGCAGUGUCCAGCCGUAGGGGGCCUUCCCAUGGGGCCUGUGGGCUGCAGCCAUGGAAGCCUUAGUCACACCACAUGGAGCCUAUAAUCACACUCUGAUUUGAUGUGAUUCUGACAUUUGCACUUGUCAAAAUGCAACUUUCCUUUUUUUUUGUUUUGGUGCAGAUGAUUAGUCUCCCCUAUUUGGUGCAAUGAAGUACAGCAGAUAAAACGGGGAAAGGGGAAAUUAUCACCUUUAACAAGAUUAAUUUUUAAAUAUUUUUAUAUAUAUUUGGAAUUGUUAAAUUGGUUUUGCUGAAACAGAAUUUCACCCUUGAGAUACUAUUUGAAUGUUGGUUUCAAUAAAGGUUCUUGAAAUUGUUA